UCAAAACUACUCAGUACAGUUUACUUGCAAUCCUACAUUCACUUCAGCUCUCAUCUCCCCUGGACUUCAAGGAUUCACAUCAUGUUUGUCAUUGUUUGGACUUUUCCUCUUGUUUGGCUGAUGAUUUGUCAUCCUUGUUUGGCACAAGAAAGCAACAGGUCUAUUGAUAUAACAAAUGUGCAAUGUAUUAUUUAUAACAUAUCUAUGCUGAAUUGUACAUGGGAUACUAACAAAGAAGUACCAGAAGGUAGUCAUUUUAUUGUGCAUUUCAAACAGGACGGUCAUGCAGAAGCGUGUUACCUUUAUAUCCAAAAAAAACAAAAGGAACAUUUUAAAUGCCAUUUUCAGCAAGUAGAAAUUGAAUACAAAGACCUGAAGAAGAUACACAUUUCUGUAAAUGGAUCAAGCAAGGACUAUAAAAUGAAUACAUAUUCUAAAUUAUUCAAUCCAUUUUCAAUUGAGAAACUUAAUCCACCAGUUAAUGUUAGUUUGUCAUUAAGUGGAAACAAUAUAAUACUGACCUGGGAACAGCCACCUACAGAGUAUAACUUUUCAAAAAAAUGUUUUAAUUAUGAAAUAGAGGAUUCCAAUGGCGUAAGAAGCCUGAAAUCGUUUACAGGAAAUGAAAGUAUCUCUAUCAUCUCUCCAAAAGCUGAUACAUCGAUAAUGGCUUUUCAAGUCCGAGUCAAUGGGCACACACGUUGUAGAAACCCUGGAAUAUGGAGUGACUGGAGUGUCGUAUAUUUAAAGCAAAAUCACAUUCCACAGUACGUGGGUCCUGUGGUGGCAUCAGUCAUUAUAACCUUAAUCUUGGUGAUUUCAUUUUUCUUAUGCAAAAGGUUUCACAUAAAAGAUACAUUAUUUCCUCCGAUACCUGAUCCAAAAAAACCUUUCAUAGGUUUGUUUCAAUCCCAUAAUAAAGAUUUCAAGGAAUGGAUAGGUGGUGAUGCUUUCACAGAGACUACGGAACAAGAAGAUACUGUUACAAUGAAAGUGGAGUAAAAAAACCAAAAACUAAUAUAUAGGCAGCUGCAACUACUGUAUAAUAGAGCACCGUACACGCAUCCUGUUUGAGGUUUGGAUUAAUAAUAAUUACAGCAUAAGAAUGAAGCUGAUGCAGUGUGUGUAUUUUAAUAAGUGUGUUGGUAAUGUUUUGUAUGCUGAUGUUUUGUAUGCUGAUGUAUACUGAUAUGUAAGGCAGCAGUGUGGAGUAGUGAUUAGGGCUCUGGGCUCUGGAGUCACUUCAAUCGCUGUCACUUAUUAGCAGUUCAUUAGUCUCAAGCUCCUCCUCAUCUUCCUCAGCUUCAAUAGCAAUGACAGAGACCCGGCGUGUAUUCACAAUAUUUGCCAGCACACUCGCGCAUAUUAUUUGAAACCCGGCAAUUAUUUACGGUAGAUUACUUUUGUAUAGGCUCUGGACUCUUGACUGGAGGGUCGUGGGUUCAAUCCCAGGUGGGGGACACUGCUGCUGUACCCUUGAGCAAGGUACUUUACCUAGAUUGCUCCAGUAAAAACUCAACUGUAUAAAUGGGUAAUUGUAUGUAAAAAUAAUGUGUAAAAAAAUAAUGUAAUUGUAUGUAAAAAUAAUGUGAUGUCUUGUAACAAUUGUAAGUCGCCCUGGAUAAGGGCAUCUGCUAAGAAAUAAAUAAUAAUAUAAUUUUGA